CAUUAGAACCGCGCAAAAAUUUUGCCAGUUCAUACGGAUUUUAGUUAUUUUUUGUAUAGUUCCUCCAACAAGCAAAAUAAAAAAAUUGUAAAAUAAAUAUUAUUGAAUAUAAAUACUAUCGUUUCAACAGAAACAUUAACAGUUCAUAAAAUGAGCAAUUUUGCUAACAAAAGAAAAGUUGGACCUGGUGGUAACGGCGGCACCAGCACAGGAACAAAUGGUGUUGGACCCAAAAAACCAAGAAAUUUUGAUGAUGAUGAAGACGAUAUGGGGGGUGGUGGCUUUGAGGUUGAAUUUAAUAUGGAUGAUAUGGAUUCAACUCAGUUAAUUGGCGAUGGACCAGAAAAUCAACAAACAUCCGUUAAAUGGUCCCGUGUAGAUCCUCCAGAAUUGGACCCCGAGACUGAUAAUUUGGUAUUUCAACAAAUAGAUGUUGAAAAUUAUGUAGGAGUUCCUCUACCGGGGAUGCCAGGUGCCCGCUUAGGACCAGUGCCGGUGAUUCGUAUGUAUGGCAUUACCAUGGAAGGCAAUUCGGUCUGCUGUCAUGUGCAUGGAUAUUGUCCUUAUUUUUAUUUGGCUGCACCAAAUGGGUUUGAGCAGAGACAUUGUCAUGACUUCAGGGCUGCAUUGGACAAAAAGGUUCUUGCAGAUAUGCGCAGCAACAAGGACAAUGUUCAGGAGGCGGUUUUGGGUGUAGAGCUUGUGGAGCGUCUAAACAUUUACGGUUAUCAGGGCGAUACAAAGCAGCGUUAUAUUAAAAUCACUCUCUCCAUGCCUCGCUUUGUGGCCGCCGCCUCACGACUUCUAAAGAGAGAUAUCAUCUAUGCAGAUUUCGAUUUCCAAGAUUGUCGAGCAUUUGAAAAUAACAUUGAUUUUGACAUACGAUUUAUGGUAGACACUGGUGUUGUGGGCUGCAAUUGGAUUGAAUUGCCCCCAGGAACUUGGCGACAAAGAGGACGAAACUCUAAGCCAUUGCCGGAAAGUCGCUGCCAAAUAGAGGUGGAUGUUGCUUUUGAUAAAUUUAUUUCACAUGAACCCGAAGGUGAGUGGUCCAAAGUCGCCCCCUUUCGUAUAUUGUCUUUUGACAUCGAGUGCGCUGGUCGCAAGGGUAUAUUUCCUGAACCUAAAAUGGAUCCUGUUAUCCAAAUUGCAAAUAUGGUCAUAAGACAAGGAGACCCUGAACCCUUCAUACGCAACGUUUUCACUUUAAAAACUUGUGCUCCAAUUGUCGGUAGUCAAGUGCUGUGCUUCGAUAACGAGACAGAUCUUUUGGAUAAGUGGUCUAGUUUUGUUAGAGAAGUUGAUCCUGAUAUUUUGACUGGUUACAACAUCAAUAACUUUGACAUACCCUAUUUGCUAAAUAGAGCGGCACAUUUGAAAGUUAAAAAUUUCGAAUUUUUGGGAAGAAUUAAGAAUAUACGCUCUGUAAUCAAGGAGCAGGUAUUGCAAUCGAAACAAAUGGGAAGACGUGAAAACAAAUAUGUCAAUUUUGAGGGGCGUGUGCCAUUUGAUUUAUUAUUCGUUCUGUUGAGAGAUUAUAAGCUGCGUUCGUACACCCUCAAUGCUGUAUCGUACCAUUUUUUGCAAGAACAAAAGGAAGAUGUUCACCACAGUAUAAUUACCGAUCUUCAAAACGGCGAUGAGCAGACACGUCGUCGUUUGGCCAUGUAUUGCUUGAAGGAUGCCUAUCUACCAUUGAGACUGCUGGAAAAGUUGAUGUCCAUUGUAAACUAUAUGGAGAUGGCUAGGGUCACAGGAGUGCCGUUGGAAUCGCUGCUAACACGAGGCCAACAGAUUAAAGUUUUAAGUCAACUACUAAGAAAGGCCAAGACCAAAGGAUUUAUAAUGCCUUCGUAUUCAUCACAAGGUUCUGACGAACAGUACGAGGGUGCCACAGUCAUAGAGCCUAAAAGAGGCUAUUAUGCAGAUCCGAUUUCUACCCUCGAUUUUGCCUCACUGUAUCCAAGUAUAAUGAUGGCUCAUAAUCUGUGUUAUACAACCCUAUUGCAGCCAGGCAUGAAGGACAAGUUAAAGCUAAAAGAUGAUGACUUUGAACGAACACCUUCGAAUAAUACUUUCGUGAAAUCGUCGAUUCGACGGGGGUUGUUACCCGAAAUUCUUGAAUCUCUUUUGGCUGCUCGUAAGAGAGCUAAAAAUGAUUUGAAAGUAGAAACGGAUCCAUUCAAGCGAAAAGUUUUAGAUGGUCGCCAAUUGGCUUUGAAAAUCUCAGCUAAUUCAGUGUAUGGUUUUACCGGAGCUCAAGUGGGUAAAUUGCCUUGUUUAGAAAUCUCUGGCUCGGUCACAUCCUAUGGGCGUACUAUGAUUGAAUUGACCAAGAAUGAAGUCGAAACCCACUAUACCCGAGCCAAUGGCUAUGAAAACGAUGCAGUUGUUAUAUACGGUGACACCGAUUCCGUAAUGGUGAAUUUCGGUGUAAAGUCGUUGGAGAAAAGCAUGGAGUUGGGAAGAGAAGCUGCUGAGUUGGUAUCCUCGAAGUUUGUGAGUCCCAUAAAAUUGGAAUUCGAAAAAGUGUACUACCCUUAUUUAUUGAUAAACAAAAAGCGUUAUGCUGGCCUCUACUUCACCCGACCUGAAACGUAUGAUAAAAUGGACUGCAAAGGCAUAGAAACAGUGCGCCGUGAUAAUUCUCCCUUGGUGGCAAAUCUAAUGAAUACAUGUUUGCAAAAGCUUUUAAUUGAAAGAAAUCCCGAUGGCGCCGUAGAAUAUGCAAAACAAGUCAUAUCCGAUUUGUUGUGUAAUCGCAUUGAUAUCUCACAGCUUGUGAUAACGAAAGAAUUAGCGAAAACAGAUUAUGCAGCCAAACAAGCUCAUGUGGAAUUAGCGGCAAAAAUGAAAAAAAGAGAUCCGGGUACGGCACCAAAAUUAGGUGAUCGUGUGCCUUAUGUCAUAUGUGCGGCUGCCAAAAAUACACCGGCUUAUGCUAAGGCCGAAGAUCCCCUGUAUGUCUUGGAGAACUGUGUUCCCAUUGAUGCCAACUAUUAUUUGGAGCAACAAUUGUCGAAACCAUUGCUACGCAUAUUUGAGCCGAUUUUGGGCGACAAAGCCGAAUCUGUGUUACUGAAGGGAGAACAUACUCGCACACGCACAGUGGUCACAUCCAAGGUGGGUGGCUUAGCUGGUUUUAUGACCAAAAAAUCAUCCUGUUUGGGUUGCAAAGCUUUAAUGCCCAAGGGUUAUGAAAACGCUCCACUAUGUCCCCAUUGUGAGCCCAAGAUGGGUGAACUCUAUAUGAAAGAGGUAGUGGCCAAGCGACAAAUCGAAGAAACUUUCUCACGUUUAUGGACUGAAUGCCAACGCUGUCAGGGUUCCUUGCAUGAAGAAGUAUUGUGCUCAAAUCGGGAUUGUCCCAUUUUCUAUAUGAGACAGAAAAUACGCAUGGAUUUGGAUUCCCAGGAAAAACGUGUUAGACGUUUUGGUCUGCCUGAAUGGUAAACGCAGCUGGAAAUAUUAUUUUUAGAUACCUAAAUGGUUAAGUUUAGCGUGGAAGAAAAGUAAAAAUUAGUUUAUAUUCUCUGUUAAUGCAUUUUUUUAAUAUGACAAAAAAAAAUUUGAAAAACAAAACAA